AUGAGACUGGCAGCCUAUGCUGGGGCCUCCGUGGUCCUAGCCACUGGUGUGUUUAUAAAAGCUCUGCAUCAGAGAUCGAACUUCUAUGCGGCUUGUGUCUAUCUCUCGCAGAGUAGUGCCAACGUUAUGAUCCUCACGAAUCUCUGCCUACUUUUUACGGGUUUUGUGUUGUUUUGGUUGCAGCGUCUUCUCUACGGCCCUUUACGUCCUAUCGAAACCGAACAACUCUACGAGCGAGCAUGGUUCGCGGUAACAGAGACAUGUCUCGCUAUGACCAUCUUUCGAGGCGAACUUGGGGGCUGGUUCUUGGUCAUGUUCAUCUCCCUUCUCGUUGGUAAAGUGUGGGGUUGGAUUGGAGAGGGCCGCGUUGAAUAUUUGGAGCAGCAGCCCCCUGCAAACCCACGGCUUUUCCAUACUCGUCUGGCAGUGUCGUUAGUAUUAACGGUCCUUUUCAAUGCCUCGAUGCUGCGUUACUGCAUUGAUACGGUAUGGGCUCAACCAAAGCCAGAUAUGAUGGUUAUGUUUGGAUUCGAAUUCGCAAUUUUGACCAUUCUUUCCUCUUCUACCGCCGCUCGGUACGUUGUCGCCUUGACGGAGAUCUACAUUACUCGCCAGCAGGUCAAGGCGAAGAUGGAGGAACGUCGUGCGGAGAUUCGACAAGCUCGUACGGAGGCUAUCCAGGCCCAUGCGCGAGCUGGGGAAACUUCCCCUCCCACCGACUUGCCCGAUGAAAACGAUGUCAAUGAACUCGAGAUCGAUGUUCCUGGAUGGGAGGAGAAGGGACGAUGGGUUUUCUACCUUGAUCUUUUAACCGACUUUGUGAAGCUUAUUGUUUACCUCGUGUUCUUCGCAAUCUUGCUCACCUUUUACGGUUUGCCCAUCCAUAUUCUGCGCGACGUUGUGGUUACUAUUCGUUCGUUUGGCCGUCGGAUCCUGGACUUCCUGCGGUAUCGCAAUGCAACCCGUGACAUGAAUGAAAGAUAUCCGGAUGCGACAGCUGAAGAGGUUGCCAGAGAGGAAGUCUGUAUCAUUUGUCGCGAGGACAUGGUUUCAGUAGAGCCAGCCGCUGGUGAUGGCGAGGGUAACGAACAGCCAGCUGCGAAUGCCCAGCGUGUGCCCGAUAGAUUACGCCCAAAGAAGCUACCCUGUGGCCAUAUUCUUCAUUUCGCAUGUCUCCGAAGCUGGUUGGAACGACAACAGAACUGCCCAACAUGUCGACGUCCUGUGGUUGGCGCGGGAAGUACACAGGGAGCUGCCAACGGCAAUGCUAACGCAAAUGCAAAUGGCAACGCCGGAGGUCAGCAACAGAAUGGUGUCGGUGGAAAUCAAGCUCCCGGUCAGCCUGGUGAUCAAGGAGAAGGACUCCCUCGAGCUCGAGUAUACCAGUUUGGUCCCUUCCGAAUUGGCUUCGGUGCCGUUCGAGGCGAUCUAUUUCACAACUUGCAUAACCAGAUUCAUCAAGGCAACGUUCCCCUCCAGCCAGCCGCUAAUGCAAACCCACAAGGUGCGCGCCAAAUCGGCUUUGGUUUUGGAUUUGGCCGUCGUCCACCCGGUGCACCCGCCACGCCCGCUGCAGAUGCCACACAAAACCAACACACACCAACACUCUCCACUCUUACCGAUAUUCAAGCUCGAUUACAGCAAGUUGAGCAGCAACUGGCACAAGAGAUUAACGCCUGGCGUGCUGCUACAGAGCAACUCCAGCGUGUACGUGCCAUGCAAGUACCACUUGAGCGGAUGCGCCUCGACCAUGCGAACAACCUUGCGAACAAUAUCGCCCAACCCACUGCCUCUACUAGCACUUCACCAGUGCUACCUGGUACAUCUACUAUUACGCGCCAUCAAUUUGUUCCGAGUCCGGGAGCAGCACCGCUUAACGCGGGAGACGCCCGCCUACCUGACGGAAUGACUCUUCCCCAAGGCUGGAGUUUAAUUCCUCUCCAGUCGACCAACCUCAACAACCCAGCCUCUUCACAAGGGCUCACACCAACCCCGACGGUCUCGGCUCAACCGCCAACCAUCCCCACUCCAAGUGAAUCGGCCCAGCCUCAAACACCGGUCUUACCAAAAGCCAGUGUUGGUGGUGAAGAUGCCGUUAAUGAAACUGCUCCUGUCUCAACUCCUACGGUGGAAUCAAGCAAUGGUUUAUCGACUGGUACAUCCCACACAGUGCCCAACUGGGGCUCAUCAAAUGGAUCCGACUCAUUGUCCCAAGAAUGGACAGACGUGCAAAACGAUCAAGCAGCCGAUGCUACUUCUUCCACAGGAGCUACAUGGAGCACGAGCCAUGCCACGGAUAAUUCUUUGAAUGCAGAACAUACGCAAUCCGAAGACACUUCCAAGGGCAAAGGUCGUGCUGCUACUGUCGAGGAGGCAGCCGACGAAGAGGCAUCUUGA